GGUUGCAGGAAUCUGCCUGAAAACAGAAAACGGACUGAAUAUUCAUAUUAUCAAGCAAAGUGAUAUGGAGAAAGAGAUGAAGUGUUGAAAAACCAUUCUUCUUUCUGUCGUUCUCCAUCGCCACAAAGGAUUGGCUUCGACUGGGUUUUCUCAUUCUACAUAAAUUGACGCGUGUGGGCAGUCCGACUUCAAUUUCGUCAUUAACUCGAGUCACGAAGGUGACUUUGUGUCCCUCUGAAAUGACUUCAGGCGAUGUUGUUACAGAUCAGCUGAGAGCCGAGACAAAAAGCUUCUGCAACAACUUUCGAAGUUAAAUAUGAAACUUUAUGAACACGGACAUUUUACCUAAUGUAACUUUCCAAGCUAUCGAUACUUCCAGGCAAAUGUAAACGAUCAUAAGAAGGCACCUCCCAGAAAAAAUACAUACUCAUUCAAAGUGAGAACUGCUUAACAUUGACUUUAACAUGACAUUUGUAAGGGACUGUUCCUGUAUUUCACAUACAUCGGUUGAAAACAUCAGUGUAGAGGACCAUUACGACACAGUCAGUCAUCACUAUCUGACCAAUGAGCCAGCAGCAUGUUCCCUAUCAGAAACACCUCCCAAUGAUGACAUGACUGUGUACUCCACUGAUAUCAGCCACUAUCAACUUCUCUCUGAGCUGGGGAAGGGGUUCCAUGACCUCAGUGUGGUGUGCUUGGCUAGGCACAGACCCACGGGGAACCUCGUGGCUGUCAAGCGGACAAAUCUCGACAACUGUACAGAAGAACAACUAGGGGUCUUACAGAAUGAGGUGCUGCAGACUCAGCUUUUCCACCACCCCAACAUCCUGACCUCCCAGAUCGUAUUUACCUCCUCUAGCAAACUCUGGGUCAUCAGUCCAUUGAUGGCAUAUGGCUCUGCAGAGUGUCUUGUGAAGACGUAUUUCUCUGAUGGAAUGAGUGAGUCGCUCAUUGCCUUUAUUCUCUAUGGAGUAUUAAAGGGUCUUGACUACCUGCACAGGAUGGGCUACAUUCACAGGAGUGUUAAAGCCAGUCAUAUUCUUCUGUCUGGAGAUGGGCGUGUCUACCUGUCUGGUCUACACAGUCUGUACAGCAUGGUGAGAGACGGGAAGAGGUCGAAGGUUGUGUACGAUGUACCAGAGCAGAGCUCCACUGUGCUUCCUUGGCUGAGUCCAGAGCUGCUCCGACAGGAUCUGCACGGCUAUGAUGUCAAGUCUGAUAUCUACAGUCUGGGCAUUACCGCUUGCGAGCUAGCCAGUGGGAGAGUUCCUUUUCAGGACAUGCACCCAACAUUGAUGCUGCUGCAGAAGCUGAAGGGGUCGCACUGCUGUCUGCUGGAUAUCCACCCAUUCCCCUUGGAGGGGCUGGGGCUGAAAGUCUCCCGCUCCGGGGUGGAUUCUGGGAUAGGGGAGAGUGUGGCCACCUCCAGCAUUAUGCGAACGAUGACUGGAGAGAGACCACAGAGUCCAGCACCUAAAAACUUCUCUGUCCUCUUCCACAACUUUGUCGAAUUGUGUCUACAGCAUGAUCCAGAAAAACGACCCUCUGCAAGGUCUCUGUUAACCCACGCCUUCUUGAAACAGUACAAUCUUCUGUUGGGCUUACAGGUGAAAAGACACACCAAAGAGUCCUUCCUCAACCUCUUACACCCUGCUGUGCCACUGAAUAAUCCACGAGUAUUGGCAAAGGCUGCACAGACUGCAGCAGGUCAAGAUUCUACUACCUCUCCCGAUGGAACAGCUGGAGCAUGGGAAUUCUAAUAGGACAAUCCACAACAAGUAUCCCAAGAUGUGCCAAUCACCAACAGCAAUGAGCUAUAUUGCAAGCCAAUCGGAGUACAGACACUUGUAUUUUUUAUUGGUAUUUCUACUGCAAUCUAGUUGUUGUUGUUUAUUAUUAUUAUUAUUAUUAUUAUUAUUUUAAAUUUGUAAAGUGAAAUAUGUUUAUGGGGGGGGGGACGUGUUUAUUACUUUUAAGUUUUGCUGUUUGCUAAGUUAGUUUUUAUAUCACACUUUUUUUUUUUUUUAAUAAUCCUAUUCAAACUCCACAUUAGAGAAGAGUAAGGAAGUGGCAGCUUGGAGGGGAAAUGUUUUGUAUUUUGACCUCCUGUUCUAAUGGGUGUUUCACAUGCGGUUUUCUUUUGAUGUCAUUUGUAAGUAGUUUUGAAACCAACCUUUUAAUUAAUACUUCCAACUUAGCUCAGCAACAGAAAAUGUAAAUACAUAUUUGAAAUGCAAAUUGUCAGUGUGCCCCUAGCAGCUCACUAUGUAGUGUAAUGCAUUAUUAGUAGAAAAAGUAGUCAACCUACAGUAUUUAAUACUUUUUUGACACCAGGCCUACUGUAUGGCAUUUUAGAUACUGCAUCCCCCAUUUCCAAAUUUAAAAUCAAAUUAGUAGUAGCAGUUUCUUAUCUACAGUAUUAAUUAACAGCCUGCAACAUGUACCAUUGCUCAGUUUCUUUCCUAAAUUAUUUUUGCCUUUGCAUUCUCAAAUGACUUAUAUUGUUUUGCAUUAUCAGAUUGUUUCAGCCAACCAGGUUCGUGGAAUGGCUCGCUAUAAGCUAACAGGACUUCAAAAUCUUGAAACAAUGUGUUUUCAAGCAUCCUAAGCCACCCAGUCCAAAAUAUAACCUCAAAACACAUUUAAAAUGUCCCCCCACUCAGUCUGGUUUAUAAUAGUGUUAAUAUCCUCAUCAGUCAUCAUUACCUGUAGAUAACUGACCUUGUGUUUUGAUAAUGCCCUUGCCUUUGACUCAGAACACCUACCACUACAGUCUCUUAUCUCAAAGUAAUAACCUCUUUGUCGUUUAAUUAUCACAACACCCAAUCAAUUAUGUUUUAGUUUUUUGUCUACAUAAGUUGGCUGAAUUCGGGUUAACUGCAACAUAUUUUUUCUUGCAUUAACCUCACACUAGAGAAGAAAAGGUGAUGUAAAUAAUGGUACAAAUCAAUCACAGAAUGCAAGCUUGUGUCCAUUUCCCCUAAGAAAUCUAGUGGAGAUCUGUGCUAUAAAAAGGACAAGUUUGUUUCUUCUUUUUCUAGUUGACCCCUAGAAUGUUUUUUUUUUUUAAACUGACCUAUCUGCAACCUAAUUAAAUUAAUAAAUGAAGGGACUAAAACAGCCAAUGAUACUCAUAGUAAAUCUUACAUUGAAGUGUGGUGCUACACAUUAUACUAGUUUCAAAUAGGAAAAUGUGCUCCAAUUUUGUCUCUUUGUUUUAUUUACAAGAAUUGUAUUAUGAAAACAGACACUUUUGUUACUUGUUGUUUGGAACUUCCAAUAAGCGUAAUAAUAUGAUUCUGCCAUGGUUCAAAUAAACCAGGAAUAAAAAAAAAAACACGCUAAAAUCAAUUUCAAAAACAGGUUUCCACAAAAGUGUGGUUCCUUCUUACCAAGCGUUCUAAAGGCAACGUUUAGUGUGAUAAUGUAGUAUUUAAGCAAUAAGAAGUUUUCUAAGAAAAAAGAACAUAAAUCAAAUGGAGGCAUAAUACUGUGCAAUGCGGGCUGUUGCAUAACAAAAAAACUCAACUCCCUUACCUGUGUAAAAAUGUGAUUUGUAUUUAAGUUGUAUCUGGAUUGGGGGGGGGGGGAUUAAUGUAAAAAUAUAUUCUUAUCAGAUUUUUAUGACAUGUUUGUUAAGGGUUUUGGUUUUUCCGUUUUGACGUCUAACUCUAGACAUUUGCAUCUGGCAAUCAGUUUUGUACUGAUUUUGAGGUAUUGUGCAAUUGAGGACCCUCUGUGUACAUGCAUUGGUUGUUGUAAUGUCUGUUUUCCUUAGUUUAAUUUGCAUUUGGAUUCCAGAUGCCAUUGUAUCUCUUUUUAAGUCAAUGCAGAACUAUCAUCAUUUUCUCUUUAUGCUACUAGGAAACACUUAUUUUGUAAAACAAUAUUUUCUAAUUGAACUGCAGUGGUUACUCCAAAUUAAAGACAUUAGCUGACAUGCUGUAAUGUUUUGGUUUAAAAUGCCCAAUGAAACAGGUUGAAGUCUGCUCAAAUGUGUUAUGCUUAUCCACUUAAUUUUGCUUUUGUGUUUUCAGAAUACAUGGACAUUUUGAAACA